GAUCACCUCUGAUUCUAAAUAUUGUUUCGGUCAUCUUCAUGGUACUUCGUCAUUUUACGGUUGACAAUCGGCGGCCAAUUUUACUCGCAAGAUAUUAUUCGUAUUUCAAGUUAUUUUCGAUAGCAAAUUUCAGAGCAACGAUGACCCAAUCAAUUCCUAUCCUCCUGACAUCGCUGCUGCUGCUCAUAGACCAACUCACUUCCACCCAGGCGAGCGGACACACGAAGACAUGUACGCAAGAGGAUAUCCUGCGGGGACCAGCGCGCGGAGCAUUGUGUGGACCACACCUUGCCAACAUCUUGAGCGUAAUUUGCCCAAAUGGAUACCAUACCUUUAAAACAGAUACGGAGUUCACGACAAGACACUACGUCCCCUUCAUCUCGGUUCAUAGGGCGAAAUCGUCCGUGAGGAGCAAGAAAUGGGACUCCAGCUGGACAGGAAUCGUUUGCGAAUGCUGCUACAACCGAUGCUUCUUCGGACAACUUCUAGAAUACUGCCACACUUCCAACAGAAUUCCGUCAUAUACGAAAUCUUCAGACUCUUCCAAUUCUGCGAGAUCGCAGGGUAGCAAAUGGCUGGCACUGGGGAAGCGAAUCUUGCACACCUUCAGCAGAGAUUCUCGCCCCAGCACGAAAUGAACCUAGAACGACUGAGGACAACCUCACUAACCAAAAUCCUUAUUUUUAACAAGACUGGAUACCCUGUCAAAAAAUUUGCUUUUAUCUUUAAGGGUAGCUUCCUUGACAUUGUCCAAUCCUAUUGUUACCUUGGUAUUGUCUGUUUAGUUUAAGCCCGCUUGUAAAAGACUGUGUGACCUGCUGUAGGCUCUCAAGGCCAUAUUUAAAAUAAGACGGUUCGAUCUUAGAAACACUAUUCCUACUUUACUCAAACUAUUCAACAGCUUGAUUGUGCCCAUAAUAUUGUAUUGAAAGUGUUCACAGAAGGCGGGAAUUUGAGAAAAAUCCUUUUCCGUCAGGAAUAGAUACUAAAUUUGAA